CACCUCAUCAUCCUUUUCUCUCCCUGCCCCCACAGCAAAUCAUCCAGCCCCAUGCCCACAGCUACAGCGGCUUCGACGGCAUCCGCAACGUCCGCGACCCCUACGACCCCUGGAACUUCCGCAGCGAAGACGGCACCGGCGACCUCUUUGACGAGCCCAGCUAUCCACCCGAGCUCUUCCAAGAUCCCUACGCCACCCUAGGCAAGCUUACAUGGCUCUCCACCCGCAACUCCUCCUUACCCUUAUCCACUGCCGUCGAACUUGCCGACAUCCACGCCGUCCGCGCCUUGUUGAACAACCCGGACGCCAAAACCGCCCACCUCAACGCAUUCCACCCGGACACCGGCGAGGCCGCCAUCCACAUUGCCGCAGCUACUUGCCAACCAGACAUCCUCCAUCUCCUCCUCGCUUCCGGCGUCCAUGUCGACACCCCCGACCGUCAAGGAUGGACGCCCCUCAUGUACCUUGCAUGGCAUUCCGCCGAGCCACUUCGCACUGGCCGAGUCCCACCUAGCGCCCUUCAAGCAUGUGCCCAAAUCCUUCUCGACCAUGGCGCUGACCCGCUGCUUAUGUCCCCACCCAACCCUCGCAGCGAAAUUCGCGACUGGCGUGGCAACAGCAUCGACUGGGCUUCGCUCGCAUGGAAUCACCUCUUCCUCCGCGCCGUCCUUCCACGCUUGUCUGGAGAUGCGCCCCUGAAGGAAGACCUAAUCCCACCCCCCGCAGACCCAAAGAUCGCUUUUGCCCCUCCACAGCCACCCCUUGGCUCACGCUUCGUCAUGGCCAGCCUCCACGCCUUCGGCCGCCGCACUGGCCAUCCCCGCAAGAUGAUCAUCAGCAGCGCCGAGCCUCCGUUCGACAACCCAUCCCGCGCUGGCGACUAUUCCUGGGAUUUCAGCGGUUCGCGCCUCGUCAAGGCUGUCGCUAACUCAGACGGCAACGCCUUGCCGUUGCAUCCCACCAACGACGACCUUGCGUACAGCAACAUUGCCGAGUGGGAACAGACGCUGGAUGCCCUGCUCGCCGGCGGUGUCGAGGUCCGGCUGCUGGAGGAGCUCUGGAAUACGGGUCACUUCAUCGUCCCAGCCCGCGUCGCCCUCCGGCUGCUCGAUGCCAGCAACGUCGACGUGACCCAGGAUGUUCCCUUCCAGCGAUCUCAGAGGAAAAUGGCAAACGGAGGCUCGCUCGCCGCGCGUUUGGUCGAGUCCGAGCUGUGCUCGGCACAUGCAGAAACAGUGCUACUCCUCCGCGGAUUGAAGGAACGCGGUGUGGACAUUGCCGACGCAAGGCUGCUGCCCACACCCAGCGGAGACUUCCCUCGUCUCCAACCACCGCUGAGGGUCUUAACGCAGGCAGUCGCAGAGCGCGCUGCAAAGGAGUACGAGGUCCAAGCUGCGAAAGACGGCGGUGCAAGCGCGGACGCUAUUGCCGAUGGCAGGUUCGACACCUUCAACUGUGUGCACGAACAAUCGAUCCCGAUCCUAGCGCUUGCAGUGGCAACUCUGGAUCCGGACAUGAUCGACUAUCUCAUCAACGAGCUCGGCGUAUCCACCUCGCCGCCCUCACAUUUCCAGUGGGCCGACUUCUUGCCUUCGCCCAAGCUCGUGCCGCUCUGGCCGAUGCACACUGCGUUCUGCCGUCACCUGCUCCCUGGUCGGCCAUUGGAGGACAAGUACUUUGCCGAGUUCCUCCGCCGACGGAGCGCAACCUGCGCGAAGCUAGACGCCAUGGGCCUUAAAUAACUUUAGUCCUCACAGGCGCAAGCGUUCCGCAGUCCAAAGGGCCCUGGCACGUCGUUUGUGCCUUCACGUCUUUCACCGAACGUUGCCCAUUUGACAAAAUUGUAUUGUCGUGUAUGAAAAGAUCACGCUGUUACCGCAAGUCCAACCUGAC